AUGCCAAAGAAUACAUUAUAUGUCACUGGGUUUUCAAGAGAAUCCAAAGCUGCUGAUUUAGCUCCAGAUUUUGAAAAAUACGGAGAAUUAGUUAGAUUAGAUAUUCCUCCACCAAGAUCCGACGAUGGUGAAAAAUAUGCAUUCGUUGAAUAUAAGGAUGCAGAAAGUUGUGAACGUGCUUUGGAAUUGGAUGGUAAAACUUUGCCAUAUUCAAUCAAAGACGGAUUGGUUGUUCAAGUUGCCAGAUCCGACCCAUACCGUGUGAGACAACAAUUUUCUGGUCCAAGAGGAGGUUAUCGUGAUGGAGGUUACGGUGGAAGAGGAGGCUACCGUGAUGGUGGCUAUGGAGGAAGAGGUGGUUAUCGCGACGGUGGUUACGGUGGUAGAGGUGGUUAUGGAGGAGGAAGAGGUGGUGGUUACGGUGGAUACCGUGAUGGGGGAAGAGGUGGAUAUCGUGAUGGUGGAAGAGGCGGUUAUGGAGGUUACCGUGAUGGGGGAAGAGGUGGUGGCUAUGGUGGCUACCGUGAUGGAGGAAGAGGAGGAGGUUACCGUGACGGUGGAUACCGUGAUGGAGGAUACCGCGAUGGUGGUAGAGGUGGUUAUGGAGGAGGAAGAGGUGGUUAUGACCGUGAUCGUGAGGAAGGUAGAGGAGGUUAUGAUCGUGAAGAAGAUAGAGGAGGAUAUGAACGUGAUGAAGGUAGAGAACCAAGAGUUGAAGAAAGAAGAUACAGUAGAUCUCCAUCAAGAUCUCCUCCUAGAAGAGAUAGAUCAAGAUCCCCAGAACGUUAUUAG